ACUGUGUCACGUCAGCACAAAAAUAAUUAUAGCUUAUAACAAAGUUGAAAAGACAUUAUGUCUACAGUAUUAACACUCAAGAAACUGCGUAUUGCUGUGGUUGGUGCUGGAGUAAUUGGGCUCUCUGCCGCCCUGCAUAUCACAGAGAAAUUCCCUGAUAUGGUGCAAGUGCAUUUGAUAGCAGACAAGUUUACUCCUGAUACUGCCUCUGAUCUGACAGGAAUGAUUUUAUGGCCCUUUGACCUGAGUGAGGAACUUAAAGAGAGUGAACGUGACAGUGGUGAAUCAGAAUACCAAGAAAACAUGAAGAAAUGGACCCGUGAAACAUUCGCAAAAUUUCAUUCCAUUUAUCGCUCUGAAGUCAAUGCCGAAAUCCAGAUUUGUUUAAGGACUGGCUAUUUGACCUGCUAUGAGGAUGCACAUGAUCCGUGGUGGAAAGAGUGUGUGUUUGGUUUUAGGCGGGUUAAUCCAAAAUCCACUGAGGCAAUUACAGCUAAUGCACCUCCUGCUUGUACUGAAUUGUGGGCCUUCACCACCUACAUAGUCGACUGCUCCAACUAUAUGAGAUGGAUGAUGAAAGAAUUUCUGACAAAUUGUGGAACAAUUAUAAAGCGUAAAAUUGAGUCACUGAAUGAGCUUUCAACCUAUGAUAUUGUAGUCAACUGCACUGGUAUGCGAGCUGGCAACCUUGUUGAAGAGCAUGAUAUGAAACCAUGCAGGGGCCAAGGACUGUUGGUCAAGGCUCCUUGGAUUUCUGCCUUCAUAGUUGAUGAAAUAGGUCUUGACUUGACAUAUAUUAUUCCACGAGCUGACACCGUUGUUUUAGGCGGAACGGCUGAAAUCGGAAAUGCCAGUGAGGAACCUGAUUCUUCAACUACACAAGGAAUCUUAGAAAGAUGUUUCAAGCUCAAUCCAAGCCUACGCAAAGCUCAGAUAUUAGGUGGUUGGUCUGGAUUAAGGCCUUUGAGGAGUCGUGUACGUUUAGAUACAGAGACUGGGCCCACUGGAAGCGUCGUCAUCCACUGCUAUGGUCACGGUGGACAAGGGGUUGUUCUCAGCUGGGGCUGUGCUAAAGACAUAGGAGAUAUUGUUCAGAAACAGUAUAGAAAACAGGCAAAUCUUUGAGUGCUAGGUGCAUUAUUAUGUUUCUUUAUGUAACAAUUUGAUUGGUUUCUCAAGACAUAUUGAUCAUGAACACACUAAUUACAGAACCCAAAAAUUUUGCUGUGUAGACAACCACAUAAUUUAUUAUGGUCAAG